UUGCUUUAUGUAUAUAAAUACCGGUGCGGCUCCAGUCUGUCAUAAACUGGGUUUCUGGUUUUCUACGCCUGAUCACGGCAUUUUCCAUUAAUACUGCCGGUCAGCCUUGGUCACUUCAUCGGUAGAAAUUAUUCCAUUAUUAGCUAAACAAAUUAUGUUUGCGUGUUCCGCUUGAAUCUCAAACACUGGAAUUUACUGUUUAUUUGAGUUCCCGCUAAUGAAAAUUGAUUGACCAAUAGUAAUUUUAGCUGUGAAACAGUAUAUUUUUAACUGUUUAUAUGAUGGCAAACUCUUCGGCUGCGGAUCUGUUGCAACAACUAAAAGAUUUCAUGACAAAAAAUCAUGGUGCAUACGAUAUUCGCGGGAUUGAUAACCCAGACGAUGACGGAAUUCUCGAUUUGGAUCAGUUGCUGGAACGUAUUAACCAUUCAGCGGAAUGGACACGUGAAGAUAUGCUGGAAUUGUCCGACUGGCCAUUUCCGGUGCAGCUGCAAAACAGCGGCAUUGCCGUGCUGUUAAGUGCCUAUUUGAUCGUUAUCUUGGCUUCUCUUUUGGGCAAUGUAUUGGUUGUGGUGGUUAUCUUGCGGAUGCGCCGGAUGCACACUGUGACGAAUAUCUUCAUUCUAAAUGUGGCAAUCUCCGACAUUAUGAUCACCAUCUUGAAUAUUCCGUUUAAUCUGGCACGUGUUUUGUUGGAUGAAUGGCCGUUUGGUUCCGUCAUGUGCCGACUGAUUCCGUUUGUGCAAGUUACGGCGGUAUACUGCUCCAGCUGGACGAUGGUCUGCAUUGCGGUCGAUCGUCUCAUUGUGACCGUUUACCCACUGCGACCACGGAUGCAGAUGAAAACUGGAAUUAUACUGGUCGGGUGCGUUUGGGCGUUUUCUAUGGGUGCCGCUGUACCCUAUGUUUUGGUACAUGAAACCAUCACCACUAUAUCCUUCCAGACGUCUACAAGGUGUGUGGCGUUGUUUCCGGCUCCUGGACACAUACUGCGCCAGUAUCUAUCGCUAAUCACAUUUAUCUUACAAUUCUGCAUUCCGCUUACCAUCACCGGAAUAUGCUAUGCAAAGAUUUCUAGAAAAUUAUGGUUUACUCAUCAACUUCUGACCAACAAGGCUGAUCACGCUGGCGAUUACCAACCAACGAUCCAGAACAAAGGCGUUAUAGUGAGAAACCGGCAGCGCUCCAUUAAGAUGCUGAUGCUGGUGGUGUCGGUGUUCGCCUUAACCUGGCUUCCCAUUUCCCUUUACCAUCUUACCCGGGAUUUCGGCACCGACGACAACGGAUCUUCCGUCCAUAAUCUCUACGUUUUUCUGCUGUUUCAUUGGUUGGCCAUGAGCAGUGUUUGUUAUAAUCCGUACAUCUACUGCUGCUGGAACAGCACGUAUCGAAAUCAAGCCAAGCUUAUGUACCACUUCCUUUUGUGCUGUCUGCCGCGAAAAGACAAACACGAAAUCGUACAGAUUCGUGGACUGAUCGUGCGCUUUAAAGGAAACCCAUCGGUUGCUGAUGAUCUGCACCGGCUUUCUCCGCAUCAGGAUUAUCGUUCCUUCAACUGGGACAGCUGCGCUGGAACCCGCGAAGUUAUCAGUUACCGGGAAGGACAACGAGUGUUUAAAACACGUUUUCUAUGACAUACCAAAUUGUAUAGACCUAAAAGCAAAUUCAAAGAUAAUGAUCCUUCUACGGCAUUUUUUGGGAUGUUUAAGUAAUUAUUUGUGUCUUGUGAAGAGGUGUUAAACAGUUCCUUACUAGUGGGAAGACAUCACCUCUCAAAAAACCAUGAACCAAGAAAAAGUGUAAACAGUUUGUGACUUAUAAAGCACGUAAAGCUU